ACACACACCAAGCACCUGCGCUAUCUAUAUACACCUAACGCAGAACAGACACCCGUUUGUCACUCCGUUACACAACAAUCAAUUAGAAUGGCUGCCUCUGCAACCCAAGCUGUGCGUGAUCUCGAUGCCGCUGUUGAAACACAAGCUCAAGCCGUGCGCAAACUCAAAGAGAACGGAGCAAGCAAAGAUGAAAUAACUGCGGCUGUAGACGAACUCAAGAAACGGAAGGCAGAUCUCGCAGCCCACAAGUCAGAAAAGGCUGAGGAAGAUAAAGGCAGCCAGAAAAUAACGCCUUGGGAUGUGCAAGGUGCUGUGGUUGACGGAGUACAACAGGGCGUCGAUUACAACAAACUCAUUGACACGUUCGGCUGCAGUCCUCUGCCCCAGUCGCUCAUCGAACGGUUCGAGCAGUUGACUGGACGCAAGGCACACAUGAUGCUUCGACGCGGAAUGUUCUACGCCCAUCGUGAGUUCGACAAGAUUCUAGACCUCUACGAGAAGAAAAAGCCUUUCUACCUGUAUACCGGUCGUGGCCCGAGCUCGGAUGCACUCCACAUGGGUCAUAUGGUGCCGUUCAUCUUCUGCCAGUACCUGCAAGAGGUGUUCGAUGUGCCUAUUGUAAUCCAGAUGACUGAUGACGAGAAGUUCUUGUUCAAGGACCAGAGUCUGGUUGACUCCAAGCGCUUCAUGCGUGAGAAUGUCAAGGAUAUCAUCUCCGUUGGCUUCAACCCCGACAAAACGUUCAUCUUCUCGAAUAUGGAAUACAUUCAAUAUCUUUACCCUAACAUUCUCGAGGUCAACAAGAAGAUCAACAUCAAUCAGUUAAACAACACUUUCGGCUUCGAUGACACAACAAUUGUCGGCAAAGUAGCCUUCCCGCCCGUGCAGAUGGUGCCGUGCUUCAGCAACACCUUCCCUCACAUCUUUGGGACUAAGAAGGACAUUCCCUGCUUAAUCCCGGCCGCGAUCGAUCAGGAUCCCUACUUCAGACUCACCAGGAACAUUGCGGGCGGGUUAAAGUACAAGAAGUGCUGCACCAUAUACUCCAAGUUCUUCCCGGCACUCCAAGGCGCUGGAUCGAAGAUGAGUGCGAGUGUGGACACGUCCGCUAUUUUCACUUGUGACACGCCUAAGCAGAUCGCCAAGAAGGUGAAGAAAUAUGCGUUCAGUGGAGGUCGAGAGACCCUUGAGGAACAUCGUGAGAAGGGUGGGGAUUGUGAGGUGGAUGUAGCAUACCAGUACUUGACCUUCUUCCUCGAUGACGAUGUGGAGCUGAGGACCAUCCAUGACAGGUACUCCUCCGGGGAAAUGCUUACGAGCGAGGUCAAGGAUAAGCUCAUUGAAGUGCUAGUGGAGUUCACCCAGAAACUACAGGCGCGCCGUGCCACUGUGACAGAUGCGGAAAUCGACCUGUUCUGCUCUGUGCGUCCUAUCAGUUACGAGCGCAAGUAACUGACAAAAAUGGUGAUAAUUUAGAUUAAGGGUGCAAUAAAGUAGUAGAAACCUGCGUGAUUCUGUAGUGUGCUAGCUGAAUCGCAAGCGUUGCCUUGCAGUGUGCUUGGCUGCAAAGUAUGUAAGCGUU